AUAGGAAAUUAGCCAGAGUGGGCGUGGCGCCGGCGUCCGGUCCGCCCGCGCGCAGUGAAAGUCCCCCCAGUUCAGCCACCCGCCUGCCGGGACAGGUCUGCUGCCUCGCUCCUGCUGCGAUCCACGGGACCCACGAUCAAAGUUGAGAAAAUGGUUGACCUUGCCCAGCUAAUGGAAAAUGAAGUAUUCAUGGCAUUUGCCUCCUAUACGACGAUUGUUCUUUCAAAAAUGAUGUUCAUGAGUACUGCAACUGCAUUCUAUAGAUUGACAAGAAAGGUUUUUGCCAACCCGGAAGACUGUGCAAGCUUCGGCAAAGGAGAAAAUGCCAAGAAGUACCUUCGGGUUGAUGACAGAGUAGAACGUGUACGAAGGGCCCACCUGAAUGACCUUGAAAAUAUUGUGCCAUUUCUUGGGAUUGGCCUUCUCUAUUCCUUAAGUGGUCCAGAUCUCUCUACAGCUGUCCUGCACUUCAGACUCUUUGUUGGAGCACGGAUCUACCACACAAUUUCAUAUUUGUUACCCCUUCCCCAGCCAAAUCGUGCUUUGGCUUUUUUUGUUGGAUAUGGAGUUACUUUGUCAAUGGCUUACAGAUUGCUGAAGACUAGAUUGUACCUGUAAGGAGAAUCAUACAACUCAUAACCCUAUUAUUUUCUAAGAAUUCUGUAUUUCCAAUUUAUAAUGAAAUAUUUUUAAGAUUUUAAGUGGGAGGGAGCAGAGAAAUUAAGAUGGGGGAAACCUAGACUGAAUCUUAACAUCACCAAUGUCCUUUACUCUUAUGUUAUAUUUGCACUAGAAAUUUAAUGCAAUUUUUAAAUCUAUUAAUUGUUCUAAAAGUACUUGGUUAUACAUUUUGAUUAUAAUUUGUAACAUUUGUUCACCAUUUCAUAUGUUAAACCUAUAAAAAGAGUGAGUGCAUGUAUGAGAAACCUAUUUCAAUAUUGCUGAAAUGGAUGUAUGAAAUAAAGAACUUAAAGAGUAAUUUCAUUUGCUUUUAUUUUUCCCAACUUGUGUUUUCAAAAGCUUUAAGCCUCUGGAAAAGUGUAAAGUAAUACAACGAACCUUCAUAUGUCUUUCAUUUAUAUUUACUAAUUGUUAACAUUUUGCUAUAUUUGCUUUAGCUCAACCACUCAGUGUUUUUUCUGAACAAUCUGAAGGUAAGUUGCAGAUGUCAGUAUACUUCACCACGUGUUUCCUAUGAACAGGACAAUCUCUAAAUAACCACAAUAUCAUUAUCACACCCAAGAAAUUUAAUAUCAAUGCAAUAACAUUAAUUCAUAUAUAUACAUAUGUAAUUCAUAUUUAAAUUUCCCUAAUUUUCUUAAUAAUGUCCUCUAUAACUGCUUUAUUUUUUAUUCAGGAAUCAAACAUGAGCCACAUAAGCAUUUGGUUAUCAUUUCUAUUUAGUUUUCAAUAAAAAUGAAAGAGUUCUUUAA